UUUGUUUAUUAUACGAUUUCUAAUAGCAAUACGAUUUCUAAUUUCUAUUCAAAUCUGAUUGAGCUUGCAAGUAUUUAUUAUUAUAUAUAUACGUUGAAAGAAGGUAUAGAACAAAUGUCAAAUAUUGGCUUUACAUAAGCACAAUCCAACCGACCUUUACAGAGAACGUACUUAAUCAUCAUCGUACUUAACCUAAGUUCGCACUGGUGUGAUAUCAUUGACGGGAAAGCAGCGAUAUCAGUCGAAACCGGAUCAGUCCGAUUCAGUGACAAACUGCAAUUAGGUGCUUCUACUGAUCUCUAAGUAAGGCAUUUGCGGCGUCAACAUGAACAAAGUACUUAUUUCCACUUUGAGCGCGUUAUUCCUCGUACUACCCUACGCGAGUACGAGCAGAUUCUUGAAUGUGUAUCCGCGAGGGAAAGAAUAUUACGUACCCGACGGAGAGGAUGUCGGGACGCCGCUUUUCCUCACACCUUUGAUAGAAAGCGGAAAAAUUGAAGAGGCACGGGAAAAGGCUGUCGUUCAACACAAAGAAAUGGGAGAUAUUAGCAGUUACUCGGGUUAUUUGACAGUUAAUAAAGCGUACAAUUCGAAUCUUUUCUUCUGGUUCUUUCCAGCCAUGCACAAUCCAAAGACCGCACCGAUGAUACUAUGGCUGCAAGGUGGUCCAGGGGCAACCUCUAUGUUCGGUCUUUUCACGGAAAACGGCCCGUUCAUCGUAACUGAAAACAAGACUCUGACGAUGCGAAAGUACUCGUGGAACAUAGCGCAUAAUGUGAUUUAUAUCGAUAAUCCAGUCGGUACUGGCUUUAGCUUCACCGGCGAUGACAAGGGAUACGUAAGAAACGAGACGGAAGUAGGGAAAGACAUUCUCAAUGCACUGGUGCAGUUCUUCCAGUUGUUCCCAGAACUACAGGAUAAUGAUUUCUUCGUCACCGGCGAAUCGUACGCCGGGAAGUAUGUACCGGCGGUGUCUCAUGCCGUUAAGGAUCACAAUGUCAAAGCUGAGGUGAAGAUCAAUUUGAGAGGUCUGGCCAUUGGCAAUGGAUUGUGCGAUCCGGAGAAUCAGUUGCUCUACAGCGAUUAUUUGUACCAGCUCGGAUUGAUAGAUCGAAACGGCAAGGCUCAGUUUCAGAUCUACGAAAACAAAGGCCGUAAUUUCAUUCAACAGAAGAAAUACGUCGAGGCAUUCGAAGUUUUCGACGCGCUUCUCAACGGCGAUAUCAACGUCACGCCGUCUCUAUUCCACAAUCUGACCGGUUUCGACUUUUAUUACAAUUAUUUAAUGACGGACGAAAAUAAUGCCUCCAAUUGGAUGUACGAGUGGAUUCAGAGAGCUGACGUUAGGCGUUCCAUACACGUAGGUAAUAACAGCUUCGACGUCGAGACCAAGAUCGUCGAGGAACAUUUGAAAGGGGACGUAAUGCAAUCCGUAGCGAAUCUCUUGACGGAUCUUCUGCAACACUAUAGAGUGCUCAUUUACAAUGGACAAUUAGACAUCAUAGUGGCGUAUCCGCUCACGGAGAAUUUCCUGUACAAAUUGCAAUGGCCCGGGGCGGACAAGUAUGCGAAAACGCCGAGGAAAGUAUGGAUGGUCGGGGGUAAAUUAGCGGGUUACACGAAAAGCGUUGACAAUUUGACGGAGGUCCUCGUGCGAAACGCAGGCCAUAUGGUACCGAUGGAUCAGCCGAAAUGGGCGUUGGAUUUGAUCACGCGCUUUACACACAACAAGAAGUUUUAAAUUACUACGUGUAACGGGCGUAUAACCGCAUUGAACGUACAUGAAAGCUUUUCGGUACUGUCCAUCGUUAAAAAGAACAAUGUUUGAGCGAACAAAAAUAUAAGCGUUAUAUUACUCGUGUAUGAAUAAAAUGCGACGUGCCAGAUGUAAUACUCUUCAGGUAUUUUGAAGAAUUUAUAUGAUUACAACAAUGAGCGAAAAGUACGACAAUAGGUUGAGUCUUUGUGGUAGAAAAAGGUAGUUAAGUUUUAUUAAUAGAAAAAGUGUGUUGUUGCAUUGUUAAUAUUAUAUAAGUAAUUCGAAAUAUAUAUAUACAUUUAUAAUAAAUAAGUUUACUUCUUAAAAUAUUUCGAGCAUUUCAAUAAGAAUACGCGCACGCACGCGAUUUCCUGGUACGAAACAGAUUGCCGUUUUUGCAGUAUAUUUUUACAUUAGUUAUAUAAUUGCUAUAUGCUUAUAUGAUAUGUAUGAGAUGUAAUUUUUCAGUCUUGUGCAUAUGUAGUAUUUCACGUUUGCUGUUAAUAAAUUUAUAUUAAUUUAAUUUUAA